AUGAAGAAACUGGCGAUGGAUUUGGAAUUGCCACUGAAAGUGAAGGUGCAACUGACAAAUUGACCUGGAGGUGGCGGUAGCUUCGGGGGCCCUGAAGGUGGUGGGGGUGGCGGAAGUAUAGGGGGACCGGGUGGAAUGGGUUCUCAUGGAGGAUCGUUUGGCAGACCUGGAGGUGGCGGUAGCUUCGGGGGUCCUGAAGGUGGUGGGGGUGGCGGAAGUAUAGGGGGACCGGGUGGAAUGGGUUCCUAUGGAGGACCGUUCGGCAGACCUGGAGGUGGCGGCAGCUUCGGUGGCUCGUUUGGUUAUCCGUCUGGUGGAGUGCCGAUCCAGCAAAGUGGUUUACCUAUUAUGUCUGUGUUUUCUAGUUUCCCUAGCCCUGUCUGUAAGUUUCUAGAUUUACAUUGUAAUGAAGCAUAG